ACACAGACGUCUAUAUAUUACAUAUAUGCACUUGUAAGUCAAAAAGUGAUGUCCAUAUGAUAAUUGUUGAUACAUAAAACCACAUAAUAUUCCGCAUAGUAAAAUGAAAUAUUAAGAAAAUAAACGCACGUAAAAGUCACGUGAAUAAAGAAUGAAUCAAGUGUCAAAUAAAACAUCAUGUGGAAAUGUUGACAAGUGAAGUGUCUAAAUGCCACAUCUGUAAAUGUAUCAUGUGACAUUGUCUUUGUGCAGAAGGAUAUUAGUGUUUCCUGGCAAGAUUGUCCAUAAUAAUAAUAAUAAUAAUAAUAAUAAUAAUAAGUAUCUUUUAUUAUUAUUUGCUGUGGAAAAUGGCACAAUGGUAAAUAAUACUAAAAUACAGAUUGGUUUUGUCCUUAUUUUGAUUUUAGAGACAAUACAUUACACAUAAUAAUGGAGACAGACAGCAGAAGAAACAGAGAGAGAGAGAGAGAGAGAGAGAGAGAGAGAGAGAUUGAGAGAGGGGGGGGGAGAGGAGGAUAAGAAGGUGAAUGAAGUGCACAGUGCUCGGUGGGCCUGGGUCAGGUUUCUGGGUCACUCUCGGCAACAGCACUUUGUUCAGAUUCAGUCUGGGUGACUGCAAAUCACUGGGCCAGAACCAACAUAGUCCACCCACUUCUGGCAAGUGUGUGUGUGUGUGUGUGUGUGUGUGUGUGUGUGUCACACUGAGUAGAGAGAGGGAGGAAAAGAGGGUGACACUCCUCCUGUAAAAGGUAUAGCUUUAUAUCCAGUACAUGAAUCCUGAUUCCAAAAAUUGGUCUCUCGAUUCUGACGGAAUUAGCUGAACUCGAAGGAAAAUCACAGGCAGCACAAUCCUGACACAUCUGAUCCAAGAUGGCUGUACUUUGCAUUCGAUCAGUCAUCCUGGCAGUGACUAUACUGCUUUUGUCACCCAUGAGCGAUGCCAUUAAAAUAACCCCACGGCCCAAGUACCAAUACACCAAAAAGCCUCCUCGAGAUCUGGCCCACACUACCACACAUGGCAAAUCCACAGUCACUGCAAGAAUAGUGGAUUAUACCAAGGCGAAAGACCGCGGUUCUUCUGUUAGUACAGAAAGUACCACAGUCCCUGCUAAUGCAUAUGUGGGCUACCACCCAGACACCACGGUUGCACCAAACAGUUUGCAGGAUAACUACACUUUGGACUAUACAGAAUGUUACCUCAACGUCUGUGAGUGCUGCCCUCCAGAACGUGGACCUGCUGGACCUAAUGGAGACAUGGGACCUCCAGGACCUCCUGGACAAAAAGGGGACCCAGGACUCAAAGGGGCUAUAGGACCAAUCGGUCCAAAUGGGACACCAGGAUUGAAAGGUGACAAAGGAGAAAAGGGUGAGAAAGGAAGCAGUGGAUUUGCAGGCUCUCCAGGCAAUACAGGGAAGGCUGGACAGAAAGGUGAUACUGGACUUAAAGGGGAAAAAGGUGCAGGCGGUAUGCCAGGACUCAAAGGUGCAAAAGGUGAAAAAGGAGAGCCUAGUGAAAACGUAACUAAGGGCGACAGAGGUGAGGCAGGUAAAGACGGACCGCCUGGACCACAAGGCAUAAUUGGAGACAAAGGUGAGAAGGGUGAACGGGGAGAAUGCGGACUACUGGGAGAGAGAGGACAAAAAGGAGAACCAGGCGAACCCGGGCCCUCAGGGAUUAGAGGCGAUCCUGGUUCUUCAGGGCUACAUGGAAUGCAUGGAAACCCUGGCAUACCUGGAGAGCGUGGUGAACCUGGGAACCCGGGAAUCAAGGGGGAGCCAGGACCACGAGGUCUUGAAGGGGCUCAAGGUAUCAGAGGUCUAAGAGGUCCUAAAGGUGAAAGAGGUCCCCCAGGAAAGCGUGGUGAACGUGGCCUUCAAGGCAUCAAAGGGACGUCAGGGGACACAGUGGGCCAAAUACGCUCUGCCUUCAGUGUAGGUCUUUACCCAAGCAAGUCAUUUCCACCUUCGGGCUUUCCAGUGCGUUUUGACAAGAUCUUCUACAAUGGAGAAAACCAUUACGACGUUGCCACUAGCAAGUUUAAUUGUACCUACCCAGGGGUUUAUGUCUUCUCCUACCAGAUAACUGUAAGAAACAAGCCUUUACGUGCGUCCUUGGUUGUAAAUGGAGUGCGGAAGUUGCGGUCGCGGGACGCACUUCAGGGUCAGGACAUUGACCAGGCCUCCAGCUUGGUGCUUCUAAAGCUUACUGCUGGAGACCAGGUGUGGGUGGAGACCCUUAGGGAUUGGAAUGGGGCCUAUUCAAGCAGUGAAGAUGACAGCACCUUUUCAGGGUUUUUGCUCUAUCCUGACUGACAUCAAGACAAACCACAGUCAGAUGUUGCACUGAAAUCUACAUAACCAUCAACUGUAGGAUUGAAAUACAGAGAUACAGAAAUCCUAUUCCUAACCACAUUUGAAGGAAUUCUGACCAAUCCCUUUUGCUCGUGCAAACUCUCUGGACCAAUCCUGCAAAAGAAUGAUUUUUUUUUUUUUUUUUUACAUACCUCUGAUAUUUCCCAAAAUAUAAACAAAACAGUACUUUUAAUCAUAUAUAGCCAGGAGGAAACAGUUACCAAGGAUGAAUGUAUAAAUGCUGUGAAUUCAUUGUACAGUGCGCAAACCACUGCAUCUAACAUGCUCUCAUGUUAACAAAUGCAGUGUUACAUCAUGCCGCCUACCCUUGUGUUUGGGAAUGUGAAAAACGGCCACUCCCAUGACCAUUUAUGUUGGGUCCGGCAGGAUCCCAGUCCUGACACACACCACUUAAACACUAUGACUACUUACCAUAAGUAACCUGGUGUUUAUAUCUUUAUCAGGCUACACUUACACUACAUAUUCCAAAUACAGAUUCCUGCUAUUUUUAGUCAGAUAUGACUAUCUGGUUUUUGUGAAUUUAUUUUAUAAAAUAAACAAACAAAGCUCUGAUAAACACCAUACAACAUAACAAAUAUGUCCAUAUUUGGGCAUUGUAUGUAUUAUAAUAGGCAUUAGUUAAAAUAAUCAGAAGUUUGUCAUCUACAAACAUAUGCUGUAUAACCCCAUAUUUGUUAUUCAAUUUGACCAAAGCUACUAUACGCCAAUGAUCACCAUUAUCUUUGUACGUCACCAAUGAUGAACCUUGUGUAUUACUUUAUUAUCUUUAAUAGCCUGUUAUAUGCUGUAUAAGCAUGUCCAUUUGUUUAUUGAUAGCUUGUAAAACAAAAUCAUUUAUUAUACAUACAUUUUAUAAAGAAAAAAAUGUAUUGCUUUUUUUUUUCCAGAUUUAAAAAUCAGCCAAUCAUGCAUGUGUAUUAAAAUCAAAUAGAAAAACAAACUCUGUCUCUCUCCUUGCAAAAUUGCAUAUGAUGAAAUGUGGUGUAGAGGUUUACACUAAAUCAAAAUAAAAUUUGCAUGAUCGAAAUCUAGUAUAAAACAUACACAUUAUAUUAGAGGAUUGAAAUUGUGAUAACAUGGAUGGGA